AUGGUCACCUAUCUCCCCAUUUCUUCACCCUUUAUCCGGUUUGCAGGUCGCUAUGUCGAUGAAGCGUUUGGCGUUGCUGCAGGCUACAACUUCUUCGUCUUCGAAGCGAUGCUGGUCCCCUUUGAAAUCGUGGCGUGCAAUGUGAUCAUCCACUUCUGGAGCGACGUCGUCCCCGCUGGUGGCAUCAUCGCAAUUGUGAUUGUCUGCUACGCCCUGGUCAAUCUGUUCGCCGUGCAGUGGUACGGGGAGACGGAAUUUUGGCUCGCAUUGGGCAAAGUCCUCUUGAUCGUUGGGCUAAUCAUCUACACGUUUAUUGUCAUGCUGGGCGGAAAUCCCCUUGGUGAUCGAUUUGGUUUUCGAUAUUGGAACAACCCAGGCUCCUUCACGGAACUCUACUACGACGGCUCGCUGGGCAGGUUUCUGGGCUUCUUGCAGUGUCUGAUCCAAGCAUCCUUCACCAUCGCCGGGCCGGACUACGUCUCCAUGGCAGCCGGCGAGGCUGAGAAUCCACGCAAAGUCCUCCCGAGGGCGUACAAGGCCGUCUUCUACCGCCUCACGGCGUUUUUCAUGCUCGGCUCCCUCUGCGUCGGCAUUCUUGUGCCGUACAACGACCCAGAACUCACCGAGGCCUUUUCGACAGGGAAACCCGGCGCCGCUGCGUCUCCUUACGUGGUGUCUAUGAACAGACUGCGAAUCAAGGUCCUUCCCCACAUUGUCAACGCCAUGGUUCUAGGCAGCGCGUUUUCAGCAGGUAACAGCUAUGUCUACUGCGCCAGUCGGAGUCUGUUUGGGCUGGCGCUCGAGGGUAAAGCACCCAAGCUUUUCACCCGCUGCACCAGGAACGGGGUGCCGGUAUACUGCGUGGCGCUGGUGCUGUUGAUCAGUCUACUGAGCUUUUUGCAAGUCAGCAACGAUGCCGCCGUGGUGCUGAGCUGGUUUGUCAAUCUGGUCACCGCGUCACAACUGAUCAACUUCUCCGUCAUGGCCUUUACGUUCCUCAAGUUCAAGCGCGCCCUCGAGGUGCAGGGCAUCGACCGCAACACGCUGCCGUACAAGUCGUGGUGGCAGCCCUUUUCGGCCUACUACGCCCUGGUGGGGACCUUCAUCAUGACCUUUGUCGGCGGCUACACCGUCUUCCUCCCGGGCUUCUGGGACGUGCCCAGCUUCCUGUUCAGCUACACCAUGAUCGGCGUGUUUCCCGCGCUGUUUCUGUUUUGGAAGUGGUUCAAAAAGACAAAGUGGCUCAAGCCGCACGAGGUUGAUCUGACCCGCGACAUGGACGAGAUUGCAGAAUACGAGCGGAAUUAUGUCCCUCGACCGCCUAGAAACGCAUUUAUGAAAUACUUUGACAAGAUCUUCAGCUAG